AUGACUGAAUACGAUGAUGAUGAUGAUGAUGAUGAUGAUGAUGAUGAUGAGGAGGAGGAGGAGGAGGAGGAGGAGGAGGAGGAGGAGGAGGUCGGCAUUGAAUUCACCGAUUCUGUGAACACUUCCAGCUGGCCUCUCCUCGCUGCUGCAGGCGGGUCUCACUCGUCGACUUUUUCAAAGUUCUUUUUGUCUGCCGCACACCUCGUUGCCCGAGUUGCCUGUGUGCAGAUAAAUUAUUCCCAGCCUUUUUCAGGCAAACAAUGA